GACUGCGAGCGCACAGCGGCCAGCCAAAAAACUGAGACCGCGGGCGCCAAAGACUACAGUGCAGGAGAAGAGCAGUAAAAAUGCCCGAAAUGUCGUCUUCUAAUAGUAUUUUAACCUCAAAAGAUUCCCAUGUUGAGCAAGAUUUACUUUAUUUAUUUAUUUAUUUUAUACAAGAGAAAUAAACUUUUACUUCAAUCCUUUUAUACGGUAGCUGCGCCCACAAGACGAGCGGCAGUCAAAACCGAGCUGUCCUACCGAAAUGACACGAUAAUAGUCUUUUUAUUUGCAGCUAACAUAAUACUAAAAUUGCUUUGCCAUUUUCUAAUACCAAACCCGAGAAUUCUGGGUUUAAUUUGACGAGCAAUGAGAUAUUUUCUUCAAGAUAUUAAAGUCAACUAUUAUCCUACCUAGAGACACUCAAAGGGUGACGGGCGAGUUGCCGGACGCGGGCGACCCAUUUUUGGGGCCAAAAUAAAAGCAUGGAGACACAAAUUGUCAGACCAGUAAAGUUUUCCCCGCCUGCUGAAUUCUGAUUGGUCAAUUCCAAUUUCAGGCGCGCCGGUCGUAUGCAAGGAUACUAGCCAUAACAUCGUAAAAGAAAGUGCCUUUUUGGUUUGUAAAUGUAGAUCAUAUUAGUGCUUCCAUCUGUGAAAUGAUUCCGAGCCCAUUUAGAGAAAUAUUUCCUCACGGUGAAGAUCAAGCUUUUUAUCUCACUUUAUUUACGGCAGCUGCAUCCCAGUAAAUAAGACAAGUAUUUAAUGAAUGUUCGGUCAAUAAGCGACUAUUCAAGCGGGAACGGCUUAAGGCAAAACCGCGACAAGUGAUCCUUGUCCAAACACUGCUUUGUGGAUUUGGGGCCUCUGUGUAUCAUGGGGCGGAACAGAGAUUAUAAUACGGUGACGCAUGGCGACAGAAGAGCCAUUUUGAGGCAUUUAAUAAAUUUUUAUCCACAAACAAAUGUGGCAUCUAACACAGAAAGGAAGGUGAUGUUUACUAGUCCACUCAAACAGUUGCCAUCGUCGUUUUGUCAUAUAUGCCUUACCGCUGUCGGUUUAUAAAGAGUCGUCAAUAGGUGGGUUUCAAAUUUCUUCGUUUCCUAUCACUUGUUACAAAAAACUCCACAUCAGUCGUCUCGUCGUGGCUCAAACGCGAAAGAUACUGAAGAACAUUGUUCCGUUUAUACCAACCUAAGUGAAAAUGGCUGCCCAAAAUUUGUAGCAAGUCUUUUAAGGUUAAAUGAUGGAUAACACCUGCAUGCUUGGUGAAGUAGAGCAAGAGAGAGACACACACAGAAAUUUGUGUCCGACUCACAUCUAGUGUUGCUGUGAUAGCCAGCGAAGAGUGGUUUUUUUCACUCCAAACGAUCAAAGCGUGGGCUAGUUAACUAUACAAGUAAUUGCACCGCGAAAGAACGAAUUUCUCAAGAAAUAAAGGGACAGUGGAUGAGUAGCAUCAAAGUGAAAUCCAUCGGCAAAGUCAAACGUGUAAAGCGAUACUGACGCGCGCUAAACUUCAAGAACAUGAACAGCAGCUAUGAAAUGGCCAAUGCUACCCAGGGUUCUCCGCUGGAGUGUUCCCCUCAAAGGGAGUCGGCCGCGGAAGAAUGGAUAAAGACCAUUGUGUACUUGUUCAUCCUAUGUUUGGCCUUAUUUGGAAAUGUCAUGGUCAUAUGGAUAAUAUACAGGCACAGGCGAAUGCAAACAGCAACAAACUAUCUAAUCGUCAACAUGGCGGUUGGGGAUCUCUUCAUGGCCAUCAUAACAAUGAUACCCCAUGCAGUCAGCAUGCUCCGCGGCACUCACUCGUGGGUGAACGACGCACCCUUUGGACAGAUAUCCUGCAAACUGUUCAUGUUCGCACAAGGCUUCUCAAUGGCUUGUUCCAUAUUCACUCUUACAGCAUUGGCGUUUGAGCGCUUCUUCGCAGUCGCUUUCCCCAUGUGGAAAGUCGUUACUAAAAGACGCACGAGGUGGCUGAUAGCCUUGAUAUGGACAGCUUCCGUCGCCUACCCAGCGCCAUUCUUCUACGCCGCGAAGGUUUACCUCUAUGAUGGCGUCCCCUUUUGUGUCGAAGAUUGGGGCCCCGUAUUUGACCCCAGACGAUCCCAGGCGACCUUCACCAUUGUUUCGUUCGUAUUCCUGUACGCGGUUCCUUUACUGGUGAUCUCUGUUUUGUACUCCAUCAUCAUUGCAAAAGUUUGGGGAAGAGACAUACCAGGUAAUGCUACUCUGGCGAAUCAACGGCUGCACGACAGGUCCAAGAAAAACGUACUGAAGAUGUUGAUCACUGUUGUCCUCGCCUUUGCACUGUGUUGGUUUCCGAUGCAUCUUAACAUGUUGUUGAUCGAUUUUAGCAGCGUUUUCAUCCCCUGUGGUAUCCCCAGAGGACUUCAGCACACUGCCUUUUUGUUUGGACAUGCAAACAGCGCCAUCAACUGCUGCAUAUAUGUGAUUUUCAGCCAGGAAUUCCGGCGGGGAUUCAAAGAGAUUCUACAGCCUUUGUUUCCUAAACGAUCGGGCACGUUUUUGUUUGGCACCACCCGAGCCGGCGGAACAAUGGAAGCUACAAUCGACCUGCAAACCAGUUAUAAAGGCCAGCCACAGGCUAGAGCCUUCAAAAUCAUAGACAAUGCAAGUUGCUAGAAGGAGUGUGACAGACACUCUAUUUAUUAUUGUGUAGAGGCCUGGAUUUCAACAUUAACGGAGCUCAGUCACGUUUUGCUCAUAUUGAAAAGUUUAGCCCCAGUUUUUCAAAUUCUUCGUUUGUAAUCCGUGCCA